GGUGCGAGGAGGAACUAAUGCUAGUGGGGUGUAAGUGGAAAGAGCAGGGUAUGACGAACGUUUGUAUUUGCACAUAAUCUGAUACAUUUUUUUUUUUUUAAGAUUUUUGUGCAUUGGCAUAGAUAGAUUAUAAUGGGAUCAAACUCCCAACACACACAAAACAUUACCAAGUCAUUAGCAUUUAUUUCCAUUUUUAUUAUUAUUAUUGGUUAUUUUCAUUCCAAUCAUUCUAGGACUGUUCUCUUUAGGUUCUAUUUUGAAACCAAACACCUGAACGUUUUUUUUUUUUUCUGAACGUUCUAGGAACCAAAGACGAUUAUCUGGGCUAGGCCUAUCUUUCAGGGAUCUGAUCAAAAUGGGGUGCUUUCCAGAUAAGAUGCUGAGAUAGCACACGAAAGUCAGAUAUUUGUUGUUGUUAUCAGUUUGAGUCACCCAUCUAAUCUUUAAUGUAAAAAGGGACCAUAUUUUAUCAGUUCAAACAGUCACUAAUGAUCCGCUGUCCGAUGUGAAUGCGGUCGAAUACAGGAAGACAAGGCUGAGCCUGGCAGGCUUCCCGACAACAGCUGAGGGAGAUCCCCGCCGGAGAUCCAGCCCGCUUCCUAGCAGGCACCAGAGUGAACAUUAAAAAAAUUAAAAAAAAUACGCCGAAAAGAAAAACAAAAUUGCGCACCUGUUCAACAAACGCUCGCGACACUUUAACCCGCUUCGAGAUACGAAAAAAAACGCAAACGCCAACAUACAUAGGAAAGAUUUAGAAGAGAGAUUCGAGCACGACAAACAUCGAGUAACUAAACCGAAACCGAUUCCAUGUUCCCGUCCAACAACAACCACCCAAAACGAAACGUUGAACUUGUACGACGAAUAAAGUGUUACGAAUCGCAAAGUGCGAACAAGCCUGCUAAACGAAUGCUUAGGUUUUUCACUUGAACUGCAAAGUGCUUGAGCGUCGCGUUUUGAACCGUGUCUCGUACGUGUAGCUUGCGAUCGAUUCAGUUAUAGCUGAAAGGGAAAACCCCUCAGCUUCUACCCACCUACUUCCUAAUUUGAGUGAAUGAGAGAGGGAGACUCUGUGAAUUUACUUCAGAUAUAGAGACAGAACAGCGCAGGGGUUAUCGACAUAACUGCAGAGCGUGAAUAAAAGAAGAAGAAUAAUGAUGAUAUUAGAUAUGCACAUGACAUAUUGUCAUUGCCCUAACACGUAAUUAUUAUAAUUACAUGUGUAACUUUGAUGUUUUUUUUUUAUUCGAGUGUUUUUAACUGUUUAUUUUAAUAGAAAACUUGGUGCAUACGAGAAGGCUAUGAAAUUAAGUGCUUUAGUGAGCUGUGCUUAAACAUCUCGAGCAAAGCAUAUGUAAGUAUGCUGUUUAAUUUAGGCAGACUGAGGUGAUAGUCAUCUUGGAACCGAGCAGAGAUUCAGAUUUACAUGAUGUUGAUGAUAAAAGCAUUCGUCUAGAACCCAUACGUCGCCUACCUGAGGAAAAUGACCAUGAGUGGCAGCAAUCACACUGCGCGAUCUCUGCCACUGGAUCUUACCAACAAACCCAAAGAGCGUGGGAGCUGCGCGCAGACGGGAGACCGGGGUCACCCAGGACCUUCUCCAGAAAGACAGGUGGAAGCGGCGCACAAGUGCAGCAAUGGACACGAAAUUCUUCCUUCUCAACAUCAGGACUGUUGUGGUGGAUCGGUUUCGCAGACUAUUCAAACAGACGCUGCGGGUGACGGGGGUAACAGGACGCGCGAGGGUCCCAAACACACCCGACCCACAACCCCUAACGCGACGAACCCUGCAGGAAAACCUACAGAUUCCUCAUUUUCCAAUCUUCCGCCAAGAAAACGUCCUUUCCCACUGGACGUGGAUCAUCACCACAGCGGUCCGAGGAAAGAUCCGCCUAGCGUGGCUCCAAAAGUGUUGAAGAGGACUCAAACGGACGCAGAUCCAAAGCGGAUAUUUAGCACAUUUGGAGAUAACCCAAGCGUUAAUGACUUCGCGCCGCACUUACCGCCAUAUCGAGCUUGUUCGCAUUUCCAGUGGUCUCGGCAGCCUCCUCCGUUGGAGAGCACAGAUCAGCUGCUGGCAGAUAUUGUUGAGGCAACACGUCAAGAUGAAGACGGUGACACACCUCUUCACAUUGCCGUGGUCAAAGAGAACUGCCAACUGGUCAGAUGGCUUAUUGAAAUAUAUCGACGGGCCCACAAAGACCUGGACAUUUUCAAUAACCUAAGACAGACACCGUUGCACUUGGCUGUAAUUACUCAUCAGCUGAUUUUGGUGAAAGUUCUGCUGGAUGCAGGGGCUGACCCUGGAGCUUUGGACCGUAAUGGACAGACGGCGCUGCACUUGUGCUGUGAGCACAGAGAGGUGGACUGCCUGUCUGUCAUCCUCAGACACUACCCGCAAAACCCUUCGCCCCAUCUGGAGAUCAGGAACUAUGAGGGUCUGACGCCCCUUCACCUGGCUGUGCAGAAUGGAAACAAAAAGUUGGCAAAAAUUUUAUUGGAGAACGGAGCUGAAAUCAACGCUGGGGAUAAUAAGAGCGGUCGAAGUCCACUGGUUCACGCUGUAGAAAACAACUUUACUGACAUGGUUAUCUUUCUGAUCGAGAGUGGGUGCGAUGUGAAUACACAGUCUUACAGCGGGAACACAGCAUUACACAGCGCCUGUGGCAGAGGUCAUAUAGAGAUUGUCAGGGUCUUGCUGAAAAGUGGAGCCGACAGUAGUUUGAAAAACAACCACAACGACACUGCCAUAAUGGUUGCAAAAGACAAAAAGGUAUCUGAUGUGCUGCGUGGGAGAGGCACUCGCGGUUGCACUGUGAAAAGUAGCAGUAACGGCUCUCUGUCACCUGGCAGUUCCAACAAUUCUCCCCGAAUGACUCCCACUUUUCAACACAGUGCGUCACUUUCUCCUGUGACUCCAGUUUUACCGCGAAGUCAGUCAGCGGACAGCAUUUUAGAACGUCAGUCACCGCUGAACAGCAAUGAAAAAUCACUGCAAACAUUGCCACGGACACACCAUAAUGUAGCAGUGGACAACAUGGCAGGCUACGGAAUGGCACUUCAUAAUUUUCCAUCAUAUCUGUUACCAUCUGGGUACGACCAAAUUAAGCCCACUUUCUCUCAUAUCCAGAGAAGGAUGCUAAUCGCAGAUUACCCUAUUUACUAUCCCACUGGUAUUCAAACACCUCCAUAUUACUCAGAUACACAGAUCAUCUUACUGCCCAGUUUCCCCAUGCCGGUCACAUAUGGCUCCCCUUCACACGGUGCCGUUAACCAAUCACGGCCGUCCAGUCGCAGCAGUGAUCAGUCAGACAUCUCCACUGUGAGUGUAAACAGUGAAGAAAGAGGUGUAAGUUGAUAUCAGUUAGAUGUUGUCUUAAAGGUAUAGAUCAGCCAAAAUAUGAAGUCAUUAAUAAUUCACCCUAAUGUUGUUCCAAACCUUGCGUUUUGAUCAUUUUGGUUGUUAAAAGAAGAACUGGACAGUCGCUGGCAUACAGUUAUGUCCAUGGUAUGGAAGAUAUACUAUGAUGGCUAACAGGAACUUUUUGGCAAGCAAAAUUCUUCAAAUUAUCAUAUUUGUAUUUAGCAUUCAUACAGGAUUAGUGGGUUAAUUAAAAGUUUUUUUAUAAUUUAUUCAACCUCAUGCUCUGCGGAACAUAUUUUGAAGAAUAACAGUAACCAGACAGUUUUGGUGACCAUUAACUUCCUUUUUAAGAUGGAAUGGCACAUGGGUUAAUAAAUGUUUUUGGGUGAAUUAUUCCUUUAAGUGAUGUUGUUUUGAAUAUUUUCAGUGUGGGUGUGUGUAUAUGUGUGUGUGUGUGUGUGUUUGGACAACAUACUGACUGAUUGAUAACAUUUUUAUGCAUCUUUCAAAUAUUUGUUCAAUCUGAUGUUAUGAAGUUUUUCCAGAUCAGUCAUGUAUAUUUGUGUUGCCAAGUGUUUUGCUAUAUAUUUGGAGUGAUUCUGUCAUGUAUUAUAAAAGGCUUUGAUAUUUAUACAAAAGGGAUGACAGGAAAACAAACAGGGGAAAAAAAUAAUUCUGCUGUCUUGAUAUUGAAAUUGCACCUUAAACAAUGUGUUUACUCGCAUCGUUUUGAUUUUUCCAUUGUUUUAGACUUUACAGAUUUUAAUUAUUCAAAUUUGCAUGACACACAAAUCUUUAAUUGCAUUCGUGUUCACAAAAAAAUGUAAUUGUCAAAAAUACUUUUCAUAUUCUGAGGUUUUAUUAGGAUACACAUAUGCAGCUGACUCUGACCAAGUACAAUGCCUAUAGAGGUCAGGAUAGGUUUAUCUAAUGAGUUCACGGCUAUUGUCAAAAAUACCAUGUACGCAUGUACACUGUCUGAUGAAGUUUUAUGACUCAGUGUUUAGUGGCUUGAAAUGCAUAAUCUAGUAGAUGUUGAAAAAAUUUAACUGUAGUAUUAUUGUAGGAAUUGUAGGAAAGGGUUAUUUCACCCCGAAAGGAAAAAUUUGUCAUUUGUAAUCACUUUCCCCUAUGUCAUUCCAAACCUUUAAAAGCUUCUUUUGUCUUCGAAACAAGGCUUGUGACCGUCCCAUUGAGUGCCAAACAAUUGCCACUGUCAAGGUGCAGAAAAGAAAGGUGUCGUCUUAAUGCUCCAUCUGCCAUCAGUGGUUUAACUGCUAUAUUAUGAAGCUAUGAAAAUACUUUUUUUAAGGAAAGAAAACAAAAAAUAAUGACUUAAAAGAUUUGGCACCAUAAUAUCACCGUAGCACCUCCUCGGACCAUCAGCGUACGUUAUGGAAAGAUAAAUCCUGUUGUUAGACUCAAUGGAAAGAUACAUCUUGUAGGCUUUAAUUUGUACAAACAGCAUAUCUUUCCAUUGUGUUUAAAAGAACCGCAUGCGUUAAGUGCGUCCAGACGAUGCUGUGAUGCAGUGAUAAUUGUUUGGCAGUCAAUGGGACAGUCCCAAGCCUCUCGGUUUUCCCAAGCCUCUCGGAAGCUUUAACGGGUUUGGAACGACAUGGGGGUGAAGUGAUCAAUGAGGUCAAGUAACCCUUAAAAACCAUUGCCAAAAUCUUGAGAAACUGUGAUUAAACCUAUAACCACAUGGGCUUUGAUGUGAAUCGGCCAUAAAGGUACUUAAAGGUGUUGCUGAUGGUUACGUGAAUGUAUGUACUUUGCUUUACAUAUGAAUGCGUCAAUAAGUGCAGCAUAGCAGUAAUCUUGAUUUACUAUGAAUAAAAAUGCAUAUUUUUAUA